AUGGAUGAUGAUGCUGAGACUUACAAAUUAUGGAGAAUUAGAAAAACUGUUAUGCAACUUUGUCACGAUCGAGGAUAUUUAGUAACACAAGAUGAAUUGGAUCAAACUUUGGAUCAGUUCAAACAACAAUUUGGCGAUAAACCCAGUGAAAAACAUCCAGCGAGGUCUGAUCUUAUUGUUUUAGUUGCUCAUAAUGAUGAUCCUACAGAUCAGAUGUUCGUUUUCUUUCCCGAUGAACCCAAAAUAGGAAUAAAAACCAUAAAAACAUACUGUACAAGAAUGCAAGAUGAAAAUAUUCACAGAGCAAUUGUAGUGGUUCAGAUCGGUAUGACACCUUCAGCUAAACAAUCACUAGUUGAUAUGGCUCCUAAGUACAUAUUAGAGCAGUUUUUAGAGUCUGAGUUACUAAUUAAUAUAACGGAACAUGAACUUGUACCAGAGCAUGUUGUCAUGACACCAGAGGAAAAACAGGAAUUGCUUGCAAGAUACAAAUUGAAAGAAAAUAUGUUGAUGAGAAUUCAAGUCGGAGAUCCAGUCUCAAGAUAUUUUGGUUUAAAAAGAGGACAGGUUGUGAAAAUCAUACGAUCAUCCGAAACUGCUGGAAGAUAUAUCUCAUAUCGUUUAGUGUGCUAAACUAUAAAUUAUAAACUAUUGAAUAAAGAUUUAUUUUAAGCAAG